AUGGCCCUUCGCCUCGUGCUGGUCCUGUUGGUGACCAUUCAGGGCAGCCAAGCCAAGAACGAGACCACAGCAACUACCCCUGCGGCUUUGGGCAACCUGAUCCAUUGCCCUUGCGGGGCCAAGUGCCAGAAGGAUUUGGGAAAGUGGCACACCUUCGAUGUCGGCCAGUCCUGCAUGUGCCAGGCCUGCUCACAAGGCAACCUGCGCGGUUCGGAGACUCAACAGGCAAAGUCCCUGAUGGCACCCCCAGCUGAAGCCAAGCAGGCAGAGGCGGAGUUCCUGGACUGGGACAGCGGCGUGAUGCCAAGCAGCAACCUCUUGUACUGCAGGUGCGGCACCAACUUGUGGGGAACAGGCUGCCGCCCAUGCCGAGACCCAUGCCGGUGCGGGCGGGACUGCGUUGACUGGGUGCAGGGACCUUGGGGAGGCUCCUGGUGCGUAGAGUAUCGCUGCAGGCAGUGCUAA